AAGGAUUAACGAAUAAAACAUGGUUUUAAUGCAAUAUGUGUAAGUAACACUACAACAUUAUGAAAAUUGCACCAAUAAUAUUUGAAAUUCGCCAUUGCCAUUUCGAUAACGUACUCUGAAACAAUUCCUUCACUGUUUUCAGGCAAAAUCGGGACAAAACAACUUGAUUGAAGGCAUCAAGCGACGUAACUAGGGUAUUUAUUACAACUCUUUAACCCCUAAGAGUGACAAGUAUUUAAUUUCUCCUAACAACAUCAUCCCUGAAUCAAAGAUUAUUCACGCGAGAAUAAAGGAAAUGAUCACAAACUGAAGCUCUUGAUCGUCAAACUAAUUUUUCUUGUCAGCUCCUAAAGACAUGUAUAGUGAACAGUAUGGAGAAUAUGUAAAUCGAUGUCAGGGCGUAGAGGGUUAAGGCUAUUUCGUGAAUCUCUGAUGUAAACUUUGGAGAUUAGGGGUGAUCAAAUAGAUCAGAAACAAGACAAAUGUUGAGCGCCGCCACAAAAUAAGGAAAGAUGUCUUGUCACAAAUCUGGGGCAAUUAGAAAAUUUGAUGUCCAGACCUACGAAUUCGGCUCGCGUCUGAGAAUUACGAAUUCAGGGAGAAUCAAAGUCAGAGAAUUUGCUUGUUCCACGCUUGUGACGAGACGAAUUUUGUUUUUUCUUCUGCGUGCGCCACCAUCGCAGUGCAGGCGACCUGGCACUUACCCUGUGUGGUGUAAUUGGCCGUUUCCAUUAGUUUUUUACGGAGCAUUCCAACAACGUGGAACGGAUUGCUCCAAAAGAAUACUAAGAAGGCCAGGAAACAAGAAUCCUCUCCUACUCUCCUAACGUUUAGCAAUGAAGUCGGCAGAGGUUUUUCUAGUUUUGAUUGAAGAAAAGUCGAUCGUGACCUGAUGCUCAAAGCAAACAUUUCUUCUGACGUUACAAUUCACAGCGGUACUUGUCGCUUGAUAUGCAAAUAGUCGGUGUCGAAAGCUCUAUGAUAACAGAUUGCAAUUAAAGUUAAGUAAAGGUGUCAGAACUUUUCAGUAAACUUUCAAUAACGCUCUCCAGUGUUAAGUCAUCAGCCAGAAUUAUGCAAAUGUAUUACCAGCUGCUUCAAAACAUUACGGAUGAAAUUAGAAAAUCGAAAAUUGGGGUGUUAUUAUAAGCACGGAUAUCCAGUCGCUUCCCUUAAUAAUUCCGUCGCUUGAACUUCUCAUCUGGUGCACCAAUAUCAUUCUUCGCAGCAUUUCUCUGCUUUGAGCGGCGAUGAGUCGCAUUGAUUUUAUGCCCUCGCCAGUUUUAAAUCCUUCCAUUGUCAACGCCGAAACGCAGAAUGGUCAUACGUAUGAGAUGCAAUCGAUACAGUGCGGAGAGACUAAUUUGUUCGAAGCUGCGGCUGACGGGCGCAUGGCUUAUGUGAAAGCCUACUUUUCAUCAACUACAAACAAAGCGGACAUUUUGGAUCAUAGUGGCCAAGGUGCUCUUCACCACGCAGCGAGAAUGAACCGAGUUGAGGUUGUAGAGUUCAUGCUGAAAGCAGGCGCUAAUGUUGAUGUUCUCAAUCGAGAGGGUCUAACUCCUCUUCAUGUCGCAGCCAGGUCGAAUUCCCUGGAAGCCCUUAACUCUUUGCUGAAGAAGGGAGCGAAACUAAACUUCGUUAGCACAUCAAGAGGCUGCACUCCUCUUCACAUUGCGGUAGAGUUCGGCAACAGACAGACCGUUCAGCGCCUACUAAACGAAAAGAGCCUGGAAAUUGACGCAAAAAACGGACAAGAAGUAACUGCCCUACACAUCGCCAUCAGUCGUGGAUAUGAGGGUAUAUGUAGAGAUCUUCUCCACAACGGUGCAAGUGUUAGUAUAUCUACCAAAGAGGGUAACUCGUGUCUCCAUCUGGCAGCAAGCGCUGCCAACUCAGAUAUUUUUUCUGCAGUUAUUCAAGCAGCUAUGGUGGACAUUACAAAUUACCCAGCUUACGCUAUGCAGCCAACCAGAGAUGUACCAGAAUUUGGCCAGAUUAUCAAUCAAACAAACGGAGACAAGAACACAGCGCUUCAUAUCGCUGUCCAAACAGGUCACGUUUCCAUUUGUAGCACCCUCCUACAGCACGGUGCAGAUCCCAACUUGCAAAACAGGUACCAUAAGACCCCCCUACAUUUGGCUUCUAUCAGAAAAAGAAAAGAGAUUGUGGAAUCCCUCAUCCGGCGAGGAGCGCAAUUAAACAUAAAGGAUCGAAAGCAGAGAACACCUUUACACAGUGCAGCGUCGUUCGGAAGUGAAGACGGCAUCGAUCUUCUACUCAAGAGCUUCGCAUCCAGAGAUCCGAAAGAUGAUGAGGGAAUGACGCCCUUUCUUUGCGCUGUAGCUGCUGGUCAUACCAGAUGUGCCGAGUUACUCCUGGAGUGUGGUGCAAAUAUCACAGUUCGCGACAAAUACCAGCGAUGCUGUAUUCACUUUGCCAUAGAAAACGACAAAGAAGAGGUCUUAGCCAUGUUGCUGCAAAGACCAGAGUGUGAACUCAUUAAUGCCCCUGAUAUUCAUGAAAGGACGCCAUUGCAUUGUGCUGCUUUAUCGGCUAAUAUAAGGUUGUUAGACAUUUUAUUGGGAAGGAAGGCGAACAGUCUCCUCACAAAUGGUGCUGGUAAAACUGCCCUGCACAUGGCAGCUGAAACCGGAAGAGUUCGUCAUGUUGAAGCUCUGGUCAAGAAUUCUUGCGCCAGUGUUGACCAAAAGGAUCCCGAAGGACGGACACCAUUACAUCUCGCAGCAUUGAAUGGAAAUGAGAAAAUCUGCUUAACCCUCUUGCGCAUGGGCGCACAAGUCGACAGCGUUGACGUCAAUGACUCCACUCCUCUUCUACUCGCUGCAAAGACAGGUACAGGUAGCAUAAUCCAACUGUUCCUUGAAAAGAACGCCAACAUAGACCACCAAGACAAAACUGGAAGCACUGCACUCCUGAUUGCGUCCACAAGAGGGCACGUGGAUGUUGUAAAAAUGCUUUUGAGUAAACAAGCAAGCUUAAAACCGAACGAAAACGGCCUCAACUGCCUCGAUGUGGCCAUAGAUAACCAGCAAAGUGACGUUGUUAUGACUAUAAUAAAAAAUUCGAGAUGGAGAGAGGUUUUGUCUGCGAAGAGCUCUGAUGGUCAGAACAGAAUGGGCAAGCUAAUUCAAAGGUUCCCGGAUUCUGCCAAAUCUGUACUGGAUCGCUGUAUUCAAAGGUCUACAACCAGUCGAUCCAUCACAUACGAUUUCAGCCUUCUCGAUCCAGGUCCUGACGAUAGCAGUGGACCCAGUGGGAGGCCGUUCUUUGGUCUUGCGGUCAUGGUAGAGUACAAACAGAAAGAUCUUCUGGUUCAUGAUGUUUCCAGAAAACUCCUCCGGAUCAAGUGGCGUGUCUAUGGAUGGUUUGUUUACUGGACGAACCUUAUCCUUUUUUCCAUAUUUCUUGGGCUUUUGACAUAUUUUAUGUUACAUGAACGGGGCAAUGUUGUGCUCAAACCUAAAAAUAGUUACGUCGACGACGAAGAAGAGGCCGUUUUCCGAAGGAAUGAGACUAACGUGUUCAAACACUUAGUUGAGUUCCUUAUUCUGAUUUUUGCAUCUUUCCAUCUCUUAAAAGAGCUGUAUCAAAUCUAUGUUCAGCGGCUAGAGUAUUUCAAACAAGUGACAAACUUGAUGGAGUGGGUCCUUUAUCUGUCGACAAUAAUAUUCAUUCUUCCUUACAUAUUUGAGAGUCUAACAAGUCUUCGAAGUUAUCCGAACCUCACCUGGCAGUUAGGAACACUUGCUGUAUUUCUGGGCUACGUAAAUCUUAUUUUGUUCGUUCAAACUCUGGACUAUGUUGGUAUUUACGUGACAAUGUUUUUCCAAGUGGCAACCACUGUGGGUAAAGCCAUCAGCCUUUUGGCCUUGUUUUCUGUUGCUUUUUCGGUGGUGUUCUUCAUUUUAUUCAGGGAACAGGAAUCGUUUGAAACAUUUGGCUUAACGUUAAUGAAAGUGGUUGUAAUGACUAUUGGUGAGCUCGAUUAUACCUCAAUGAUCGUGGACAAUUUUAACGUCUCCUCGGACUCCGGGGCGCCUUUAGUGCCUUACCGAGAAUCUUCUCUCAUCUUCCUAUCCGUCUUCAUAUUUGCUAUACCCAUCGUUCUCAUGAACCUUCUGGUCGGUCUAGCUGUGGGUGACAUAGAAUCCGUGCAACGAUAUGCAUAUCUCAGAAACAAGGGAAAGUUCGUGGACUUCGUCUACGGGGUCGAAAGAAGAUUUCCAAAAUUCAUCACUCGUUAUUUUUACAAGCCUCAACUGGUGAUAAGUGGUAGCUUCUUGGAAAAGGAGAUCUCGUCACAGUAUGUACAAUAUCAUAACGACAAUUCUUUUUUUAGAAAAAAACCUUUAUCGAUGACAAUCGGCAAAUCUCAACACAGACAGAGGGAGUACACCUUUGUCGUUGACCAAGACCUUGAUGAAGAUGAAGAUUAUAUGACAGCAGACCAGGUGGAGGAGCAAAAGCUAGAAAUCCUCACCAAGGAACUGGCAAAGACCACUCAACGACAGCUUCACGAUGAAGCAGACUCGCCGACUGAACCUCGUUUUGAGAGAGUGUUUCCUUGCAAAGUGAACGAUCUAUACGAGGCCAUAGCUAAAGGACAAGUUGAUAAAAUGAAAAGUUAUUUAUCAUCGACGGAGAACAAAGUGGAUAUCUUGGAUCAGAAUGGUGAUACUGCUCUCCACCACGCGGCAAGAAUGAACCGAGUUGAAGUCAUCGAUUUCCUGAUUAAAGCUGGAGCCAAUGUUGAUGUUUACAGCAGGGAUGGACUUACGCCAUUGCAUGAAGCUGCAAGGUAUAAUUCAUUGGAAGCCUUUGACAAUUUGUUGAAAAAAGGAGCCAAUCCAAACAAUGAAUCUACAAAUAGAGGUUAUUCUCCUCUUCACUUUGCUACCCAAUACGGCAAUAGAGAGAUCAUCAAACGACUGCUCUAUGUAAAAACUUUGAAAAUUAACGCAACUAACUGGGACGGAUUGGCUGCUCUUCAUUUGGCCAUUAAUCAUGGAUACGAGGACAUCUGUAGCGAUCUCAUUGCCAAAGGGGCUAGUAUCUACAUAGUUACGAGAGACGGGCAGACGUGUCUUCAUUUAGCAGCAGAUGUUGGCAUCGUGGGUAUUCUUUCUGUGGUCAUUCAAACUGCUCUCGCGAACAUCUGCCAGUACCCUGUAGAUGCUGUGUGGUCUGGCAAGGACUUCCCAGAAUUUGAUCAGUUGGUCAACAGAAAAGACAAAGACCAUAACUCUGCUCUUCACCUAGCUGUUCAGACAGGUCACUUAUCUGCAUGUCGAAUACUUUUGCAACAUAAUGCAAAUGUCAACUUGCAAAACAAGCAUCAACAAACGCCUUUGCACGUGGCUUCUAUGGGUAAAAACAAAGAUAUCUUGGAAUUACUUAUCAAACAAGGAGCUCAAACGGAUCAAAAAGACUACAAACAAAGAACUCCUCUACACAGUGCGGCAUCAAUCGGAAACCCAGAAUGUAUCAAAGUCCUUCUCAACAACUGCUUUACUCCAGAUCCCAAAGAUUUAGAGGGUAUGACGCCUCUCUUAUGUGCUGUAGCAGCUGGUCACACAAAUUGUGCCAAGCUGCUCUUUGAGUACGGUGCGAAUAUCGCAGCUCGUGAUAAGAAUCAGCGUGACAGCAUUCAUCUCGCUGUAGAAAAUGAAAAAGCAGAAAUGUUGAAAAUGCUACUGGAAAGAUCGGGAUCACAAUGUAUAAAUAUUCCGGACAUACAGGAAAGGACAGCUCUUCACUACGCCGCUUCCUCUACAAAGUUAAAGCUUCUGGAGAUUUUGUUGGAAAAGAAAGCGAACUGCUUACUCAAGGAUCGUGCUGGCAUAAUUCCACUACAUACUGCAGCAAAGUUUGGAAAGGACCGCCAUGUUGAAGCUUUAGCCAAAGCCUCUUUUGCCUGUGUUGAUCAAAAAGAUUCAGAAGGAAGAACGUCUCUUCAUUUUGCAGCAUUGAAUGGAAAAGGGAAAACAUGUUCAAUCCUUCUCCAAAUGGGAGCUGAAGUUGACGUUUCAGACGCUUAUGGCUGGACACCUUUAAUGUUUGCGGCCAAAACGGGUGCCUCUGAAUUAAUUCGAAUGUUUCUUGAGCUGAAUGCUGAUAUAAAUCAAGAAGACAAAAGUGGUAACACUGCGCUUCUGCUUGCUUCUGCCAGUGGUCACGUAGCCGCCGUGAGGAUUCUUUUGAACAAUCGGGCGAUCUUGAAACCAAACAUAAGCGGUCUUAACUGCCUCGAUGUGGCCAUAGAGAAUCAACAAGGAGAUGUUGUCAUGGAAAUGAUUGAGAAUGCAAGAUGGAGAGAGGUCCUAUCAGCCAAUAGCCCAGAUGGUCAAAAUAGGAUGGGAAAACUCAUUCAGCGGUUCCCUGAUGCUGCUAAAUUGAUCAUGGAUCGAUGCGUCCAGCGGUCUCUCAGCCAACGAUUCAUCAGGUAUGAUUUCAGCCUUUUGGAUCCAGGUCCUGAUGAUACAAGCGGACCAAAUGGGGAGCGUUUCUUUGGUCUAAAGGUCAUGGUGGAACACAAAGAAAAGGAACUCCUGGUACAUGAGCUUUGCAGAAAACUUCUCAAGAUAAAGUGGCGCAGAUAUGGAUGGUUUGUUUAUUGGACAAACCUUAUCUUGUUUUUCUUGUACCUCUUCUCCUUGACGUACUUCAUGGUGACAAAGCGUAAAGCGGUGAUCCUGAAGCGGAAACAUGAUAAAGAUGAUCCCGACGACGAUGACAUGUUCACGAACAAGGAGGCAUUGAAUCAAGUUAUUCCUUUCCUCAUACUGGUAUUUGCGUCAUUUCAUUUGGCCAAAGAACUCUAUCAGAUUGUCCUUCAACGAAUGGAAUAUUUCCAACAACUGACCAACUUGGUGGAAUGGGUGCUUUAUAUAGCGAGCAUAGUUUUUAUUCUGCCAUACGUCUCGUCCAGCUUUUCAAGUCUUCAAGGAAACCCUAGGAUAACCUGGCAGAUAGGGACAGUCGCUGUGUUCUUGGGCUACAUGAACCUGAUAUUGUUUGUUCAGACUUUGGACUAUGUCGGCAUCUACGUGACAAUGUUUUUUCGAGUGGCUUUCACGGUGCUCAAAGCCAUCAGUCUUUUCUUCCUGUUCACCUUGGCUUUUUCGGUGGUUUUCUACAUAUUGUUCAGGGAGCAAAAUGCCUUUGACACAUUUUUCGUGACGCUGGUGAAAGUGAUAGUCAUGACCAUCGGUGAAUUGGAUUAUACCACUUUGCUAGUGGACAACUUGGAAGCCACCAAUCCAGAGACCAAAGCACCUCUCGUGCCUUACCGUGAAUCAUCCUUCGUAUUUCUCUGCCUCUUCAUCUUUGCCAUGCCCAUUAUCCUUAUGAAUCUUUUGGUCGGUUUAGCUGUGGGAGACAUAGAAUCUGUGCAAAAGUAUGCGUUUAUGAGAAACAAGGGAAAAUUCGUAGACUUCGUGGUAGGAGUUGAAAGAAAUUUACCAAAAUUUGUUACUCGGCGUUUACACAAGCCUGAGUUGGUCGUAACUGGACGAUACGUGGACAGAAAAAUUUCGUCAGGGAAAUAUUCCUUUGAAGACGAAGACCUCAGUAAUGAAGAACGAACAGCCGAGAACGAGGACGAACAGAGACUGGAAGCUCUUGCUAAGGAAUUGAUGAGGGCUAAGAGACGGCAACUGUCAAUCAUUGACGCCAUACAGGAUCAGAGAAGCGUUUUAUCAGCUCUAGCAGUUAAAAUUGGCCUAGAUACCUGUGAGGAAGCUUUCACUAUGGCAGAUGGAGAUAUGAGUGAUGCAGAUUCCCACACAAAUUCUAGAAUAAAUCUUGGCGAAUAUCGAAGUCUUAUUACGCGAUUUCGACGUAGCCCGAUGGUUCAACAGAAGAGACCUCACUCGGGAGGACGACUUCAACUUCACGAUGAAUCCGUUCGCAUGGGGAUGAAAAUGGUGCCCUUGCAAGAUCGUAACGUCGCGUUUCAUCGCGCUGUUGCUCAUGGAAAUUCGGAAUACGUGAGAAAGAUUUUGUCCGAGAAGAAGUACGAUGUGGAUGCCUUCGAUGAAUAUGGAUUCACAGCGCUCCAUUACGCCGCCCAGCACAAUAAAGUAUUUAUCCUCAACAUGCUCCUGGAUUUUGGCGCUGAAGCCUCUGUGACAAGUGCGGAUGGCUCGACUGCCCUACAUCUUGCCGCGAGCAAUUCGCCAUUAUUUCAAAAAAGAACCAUCCACUGUUGCAAAACCAGAAAUGAACGCUGACUUCAAACAGUUCAUAAACAAAUGUGACUUGGAUGGUAGCACAGCACUUCAUCUAGCGGUACAAACAGGUUCCAAGGACGUGUCCCAGGUGCUCAUUCAGUAUGGGGCUGAUGUGAAUUGUCAAAACAAGAGCCUCCAGACACCAGUGUACCUGGCAGCAGUUGGAGGACACCAAGAUGUCUUGAAAAUGCUCAUUUUUCAGGGUGGCGAUAUGAAUGCAAGUGACAGCCAACAAAGAACUGCCCUACACAGUGCUGCCGCCUUGGGAUCUACAAAAUGCAUUGAGAUUCUUCAUGAAAAUGGUGCCAAAAUUGACACGAGGGACCAGAGUGGUCAAACGCCUUUUCUCUUGGCGGUAGCUGCUGGACAGACUGAUUGCGCAAAAUUAUUUCUAUCAUUUGGCGCCAAAGUGGCAGCUCAAGACAAGCGCCUACGUUGUUGCCUCCACCUUGCUGUAGAACAGGGAAGAGAGGAAACGCUCAGUAUGUUACUGAGUGAGACUGGUAACGACUUAGUCAACAUACCUGACCACAAACAGCGGACGUCGCUUCAUUACGCGUCGUGGAUUGACAACCCGAAGCUUUUGGAGCUGCUACUCGAGACAAAAGCAAAUGGAUGCGUUCGAGACGCAAAGCACAAGACACCACUUCACUUAGCCGCUGACCGAGGCACCUCACGCCAAGUCAAGGUUCUCACCCAAGCUGCGCCAUCUUGUGUAUGGAUGCGAGACGAUCAGCGGCGAACUCCUUUGCACUACGCUGUUAUGAGCAUGAAGAGGAAAUCUUGCGCCAUACUUUUGGACAUGGGUGCUGAUAUCAAUAGCCCCGAUAUCGUAGGCUGGACUCCUCUAAUGUGGGCUGCAAAGGCAGGAAAUGUCGGUGUCGUAGAGCUCCUUCUCGAGAGGGGCGGGCACACGGAUCACGUAGACAUUGAUGGAAAUUCAGCCCUCCAUGUGGCAGCACACUUUGGUCAAGUUGAGAUCGUCAGGACACUGUUGAAUUAUGGAGGGAGCUUAAUUUUACAAAACAAACGUGGAAUGACAUGCCUUGAUGUAGCAAUGGAAGCGCAGAGUAAUGAAGUUGUCAUGGUUAUUGUCAAACAUAACAGAUGGCGAGAAGCACUUACAGCCUCAAGUGCCAAAUCCAAUCCUGUGGAAAGGUUGAUUGAACAUUUUCCCGACGCCGCCCACGUUGCCCUGGAUCGCUGUAUUCAGCGAUCUACUUCUGAACGCUCCAUAAAGUAUGACUUCACUCUCAUAGACCCAGGCCCCGAUGAUCACAGUGGAAACAACGACGAACGCUUCCUAGGUUUGGUAACGAUGGUCAGACACAAACAGCAGCUCCUCUUGGUUCAUCCGCUUUCUCGAAAGCUGUUGCUUCUUAAGUGGAGGAGGUUUGGUUGGUUUGUUUACGGAACGAAUCUCGUGCUUUAUUCACUUUUCCUAAUAUUCUUGACAAUUUUUGUUUCAACGGAGAGAGAGAAUGUCAACUUUCCCAAACCAGAAGACGAUGAUGAACUUGACGAAAAAUUCUUCAUAGAGAAAAGUGAAUUCAACGAAGCGGUGCCCUAUAUCGUCAUCGUAUUCGCGGUUUUGCAUCUUGCGAAGGAGUUUUAUCAGAUCUACACCCAGAGGCUUCGUUACUUUACGGAGUGGACCAAUUUUCUUGAAUGGGCCUUAUACCUGACAGCAUUUUUGUUUGUUUUACCUUACGUUACUGAUGACACCGGUCUGAGACAAAAUUUUGAAAUUUACUGGCAGAUGGGAACGUUUUCCAUUUUCUUUGGUUACGUUAACUUAAUCCUCAUCGUGGAGCCGAUUAAGUUCUUGGGUCUGUACGUGACCAUGUUCCUCGAAGUGAUGAAGACCGUUCUGAAGGUUCUGUUAUUGUUUGUCAUGUUCACUUUGGCCUUCGCAAUGGCGUUCUACAUUCUGUUGAAAGAACAGGAAUCGUUUAGCACGAUAAUGAAGGCCUUCAUGAAAGUUUUUGCCAUGACUUCUGGGGAAAUUGAAUAUACUCAAACCGUCAUUGACGCGCUGAACCAGAAUUCAGCCGGCACAAAAUUUCCGCUCGUUCCUUUUGAAGAUUCUACCUACAUUUUCUACUUCAUGUUUAUCUUGGCGAUGCCGAUAGCUCUUGUUAACCUAUUGAUUGGUUUGGCAGUUGGAGAUAUUGAAGCCAUUCAAAAGACAGCUUUCCUCAGGAACAAGGGGAAACAAAUCACUUUUAUCGCUGAUAUAGAGAAGAAAUUUCCAAAAUUCUUCACCAGACGAAUUUAUAGUGGACAUGAGAUCGUGUAUGCUGGAGAAGAGAAAGGAAAACUUUGGAGGAGAAGAACAAAGCAGGAAGAAUUUCAGGAUGAAGAUCUUUUAGGAGACAAUGACGGGGAAAUUGACGAGAUGACGUUACGGCUUGACAAUUUGACACGAGAAAUAGAAAAGUCUAAAUUGAGACAGAAGAUUCUCAUUGGUGCCACAGACCAACAGAGAGAUAUCCUACUCGCCGUGGCCGAGCGUGUCGGCGUAGAAGUUAAUUUGCCAUCGCGUAUAAAGAUAGAGUGAAAGCUUGAGCAGGACAUUCAAGAGACAAAAUGAUGAGCUUGAAACUGUUUUUUAAAGCCACAAAAUGCACAGGAAGAGAACCAUUAUUAUUUUUGGCUGGGGGAGGGGUGGUGUUUGGUUGUAUCACAAUAAAAUUUACUUGAUUUCCUCUCCCCUCCCCUCCUAAGACUCUGUCGUAUUCUAAUGCCCCCCUCUUCCCCUCAUUGAGUCAAUUUGCUUUAGUAGUCCCUCGAAACUCUGUUAACGACGACUGAUCCUUCCUCCGUUGACAAAAAAUGCCCUUUAAGACGACCAUGGUUUAAAAUGAAUGGCAGCUGAAGGCAGUUGUAAAAGAAUUUCAUUAACGAGUUACGAAAACAUUUCAGUUGUAAGCGUGUACAAAAAGUCGAUCUUUUAUAGACAAAAGAAAAUAAAUAAUACUUGUAAGACAAAACUGUUUAUUAACGAUCUUUAAAUAAUAAAAUACAGAUCUUGUACAAUUUUACCAUUGGUUUCUCAGAUAUCAACAUAAAAAUAUUUGAAU